CAAAUUUGAAUUUUCUCUCUCUUUUACUCCAGUAGUACGUUGAGCUGGCAGAUGCUACAGUUUGUUUUCAAGAAUUUUUCUCCUAUUGGUAGUAUUGAGUUUGGCUGUCGAUGACUUAACACAUCUCAGCUGUUCACAAAGAAGCAGAAUUUAUCAUUUCCAGCGUUUGAGAUGUUCGCGCUGCUUAUUCAACUCGCUUUUCUCUUUUGUGGCAUCUCGCAUGCUACAAAUGUAAAAGCACCAACAUUCAGCCCAACUUAUUCAACAAAAGGAACUCUUUACAUUCCUUAUUCCGAAAUCAAAGAACCAUUUUAUGCUUGGUACGAUGGCAACACCGGAUCUAGCCGAAUCGAUUAUUAUGGAGGUAUGGUCAAGACUUUUCAAUUGAGCAAUGAAGGAAAUUAUGGAUCGAGUAUAAAAGUUGCUCCAGUUACAACGGAAUCAGUCACUAAUAAUGAGGUGUGUCUUCAAGUUAAUGGCACUAGUGAUAUGAAAAUUCAGCCACAAACAAUUGUUCCCGACACUACAGGAAUGGAGUGUAUUGGAGAAGAAAUGUUGCACGGUUUUACCUGUGAAAAAUGGCGUAUGUAUACCAAAGUAGGAAACAAAACUAACAAAUACAUCCUGUGGAUUCGUUACGUGACUUCAAACAAGACUGCAAUUGGCAAGGAACCAAUUCCAGUGAGAUAUGAAAUGAAAGGAUUUAAUUCUCUUUUGGGUUCUCAUUAUGAUCAUUAUUAUUUAGAAUACGAAUGGUACACUUAUGAAAAACCAAGUGAAGAUGUUUUUAAAGUAACAGAAAAUACAACAUGUGUAAGUUUCCCUGGACCCGGUGACAAACAUAUUUACACUUUUAAUCCAAUGAAAGAAUUUAUAAAUACACAUGACGAUCAUAUGGAAAUUGCUUUUGAUAAAUAUAAAAAAACACAUGAUCGAAAGUACAAAAAUAUUAAGGAACAUCAUCGUGCCAAAGAAAAUUUCCGACAAAAUUUAAGACUCAUUCAUUCCGUUAAUCGAGCAAAUUUGGGAUAUCAAUUGGGUGUAAAUCAUUUGGCUGACAAGUCCGAUUUGGAGUUAAAAGCCUUGAGAGGAAAGCAAUAUACGGGAAAUGGUUAUAAUGGUGGUUUAUCGUUUCUUUAUGAUGUCGAAAAAGAAAUGAAAAGUGUUCCUACAAAUCUUGAUUGGCGAUUGUCAGGCGCUGUUACUCCCGUGAAAGAUCAAUCUGUAUGUGGUUCUUGUUGGAGUUUUGGAACAACUGGAGCUGUGGAAGGAGCUUAUUUCAUGAAACACGGUCAACUCCUUCGUUUAUCGCAGCAGGCACUCAUUGAUUGUUCAUGGGGUUUCGGAAACAAUGGAUGUGACGGUGGUGAAGAUUUUCGAUCUUACCAAUGGAUUAUAAAACAUGGAUUGCCUACUGAAGAGGAUUACGGAGGAUAUUUAGGCCAAGAUGGAUAUUGUCACGCAAAUAACGUUACUUCAUCUGCACAUAUGACGGGAUUUAUCAACGUUACUCCAAGGAAUAUUAAUGCAAUGAAAGUCGCAAUGUUUAAACAUGGACCAAUUUCAGUGGCUAUUGAUGCUUCACAUAAAACAUUUUCCUUUUAUUCAAAUGGCGUUUAUUACGAUCCUCAAUGUGGAAAUACGGAAAAUUCAUUGGAUCACGCAGUUUUGGCAGUCGGUUAUGGAACAAUGAAUGGCAAGGAUUAUUGGCUUGUGAAAAAUUCUUGGUCCAAUUAUUGGGGCAAUGACGGUUAUAUUUUAAUGGCUCAAAAAGAAAAUAAUUGUGGAGUUUUAACAGCUCCAACAUACGCAAUUGUUGCGUAAAUUAAAGUUUUUUUAUCGAUAAUUUUAUUAGUAAGGAAUCUCUUUUUUUAAUUUUCAUUUUAAUGGCUCUCUAUAUUAUUGAACAAAAUGUUGAACAAAUUUUAUAUUAUUGGUAAAUCUAAUUUAGAUUAAGAAUGUUACAUUGAAGAUUGAAAUGCCUUAUUUUGUAAAAAAAAAAAAAUAAUUAAAUAUUAUUGAUGCGUUUAUAAUGUUUAGCGCAAUGUGAUAAUAAUUAAAGGAAAAAAGUUUUUCUUAAAUUUA